GACGUAUAUCGUGGAUUCGUACACCCGGUAUGCGGCGAGUGCUGUCGGUGCUGCUACCGUGUUGCGGAGUUUGGCUGGGUUCGGGUUCCCGCUUUUCGCGCCGUAUAUGUAUGCCAAGCUGCAUUACGGGUGGGGAAAUAGUUUGUUGGCGUUUAUUGCGAUUGGGUUGGGUUGGCCAGCACCGAUUCUGUUGUGGAAGUUUGGGGAGACGUUGAGGAAGAGGAGUACGUUUGCUGCGGGGUAGGGAGGAGGCGAGGUGUGUUUGCUUUGUUGCAUUGCAUUGCGUGGGAUGGGAUGGGAGAUUGGUUUGAAGAAUACCUUGUUUAUGCGAAGAUGAUUUUGUACAAAAAAAUACUUAAACUUCUUACUCAUACCUUACUCGCUUCAAAACGGGUCACAAGUGAAGUCACUCACUCCUCACUCACUCUCUAUUUAUUUCUCACUCACUCUUUACUUAUUUUUUACUUAUUCCUCAUUCACUCUUUACUCACUCCUCAAUCACUCUUUACUUAUUCCUUACUCACUCCUCUAUUACUCGCACUCCGCUAUCUUUUAAGUAAUAUUAAAAGCAAUCAAUACUUUGCUAGUAGUAAAGUGAGCAAUAGUAAAGGAGGCAAUAGUGAGGUCGGCAAUAGUGAGGUCGGCAAUAGUGAGGUCGGCAAUAGUGAAGUGGUAGUAGUGAGCUCGAGGUGAGCAAACAAUAAGAAGAUAUUUAAUAAUAAAUAAG